CCCCAUGGGUUAGCGAGUAGCACAACAUCUGCUCUAGUUACCUUACCAGGUAGGUACAGUGGAACCUAGAUUCAACGAAGUGCCAUUGGACUGUAGAAAUUUGUUCGUUAUAUCGAGGGUUCGGUAUAUCGAGAACUUCGAUUUCAUAAAUUUCGGGGAAAACAAGCAAAAUGUUCGUUAUAUCGGCGUAUAGUUAAUGAUUAAUUUCCACUUCCUAAAAUUUCUGGAUAUGAACAAUUUGUAAUGAACAUUUGUAUACCAAGCUAUAAGAACAGGCAAACAAAACUGCUUAAAACUACUGUACACAUAAAUUUUAUCCUCGUUAGUCUGUUUGGCAUUCAUCUUUAGCUAUCUUUCGGUCACAUGUUGACAUUUAUUCGUUAUAUCGAGUCGAGCCGAGGUAUAUUUUACGUUUACGUUUCUGGAUUGUGUUCGUUAUAACGAGGAUUUCGUUAAAUCGAGGGUUCGUUAUAUCGAGGUUCUGUUCUUUACAUUUUAUUGUAAUUUUGGUCGGGCUGAAGAAAAUCGAUUGUUAUACCGAGGACUUCGUUAACCCUUUAAGCCCUAAGAGUGAUCAGCAUCAAAUUUCUCCUUGUAAUAUCACUGCUUUAUAAAACAGAGUGGUCAUGAGAAUUAAGGACAUGAUCACACAAGAUGAAUGUAAUUGAUACUCCAACAAAUUCUCCCCACUACUUCUGUUGAAAACGUAUAGGGAUAGCAAAUGAGAAUUUGAAUUUUGAUGUUAGGUUUUAAAGGGUUAAGUAGACAGUGUAUAGAGAUUCAUUAAAUCGAGGUUUCACUGUACCGGAUUUGCUUUUUCAGUGUUUUGUUCAUUGCUGUUUGUUUUGUUUUGUUUUGUUUUUUCUUUUUAAAUCUUGUAUUGUUAAGUUGCUUAAGACCUUCUCGUUGUCUUCUUUCACCCUUUCUCUGUGUUUUUGUUCCAGACGAAUCAGCAAAUCAAGAUAGUUGAUAGCAUGAUUGGACGUCUCUGGAGCGGUUUAAAAGAUCGAUGUUUGGAAGAUAAGAUAAACAUCAUUUUAGUGGGUGAUCACGGUAAGUGUUUUAUUUUAUAAAGGCUUAAAUGUGCGUUCAAUUGUGAAUUUGAUGGGUAGUGAAAGUUAAACGAAAGUGCAAAAUUGGUUCAUUUUGCUAAAUUAGCUUCCUAAGGCACAACCAGACUUGUUGUUUAACUAAUUGAACUUUUCAUUUAUUAUUAUUAUUAUUAUUAUUAUUAUUUAUAAAACUUACAAAUGUGUUGUUUACCGUGAAGUUAAACGUUUCAAGGCACGUGCAAAUUUUUUGUUUUACCAGUUAAGACCAGAUGAUUAAAGUUAUGAAGGCAUUCUCCUUGUAGUUACUUUAUGAUAAAGAAACCAGCGACAAAAAACUUCAGCCCAGUGUAUUGCGAUUAAUCUUUGUUGUAUCUCUGGUUAGGUAUGGCCCCAACAAGCUGUAACAGGGUGGUUUACCUAGAUAAGGUAUUUCAUUUGUUACUUUUCCUAGUUUGGCCUUUAAUUUUAACUGUAACUAUCAAAAUCUUCCUGGAUUUUGUUUUUUUUUUUGGCUCAAAUUAACGCUUUUAUUGGCAGCUUAUUGGGAUCACUCAGUUUCAAUAAAAAUGAAAUUAAUUAAAUAAUUCAAAAAUUAUUUAUUAGUGGUCAAAAUAAAACGGUGUGGUCAAGUGUUUUUGUGCCAACGUAAAAAUGAAAUCAAAUUGAAUCCUUUAGUGACAACAACUAGUCCUUUGUUAUUUCAUAUCAGUGUUGAUAUGUAUUAUUUAUACAGGGCAUUGCUUGUUUAUUUGUUUUCGUUGUCUUUCAGUUCAAUGUAACGCUGAAUGACAUACAGUCUCCACAACAGUAUGGCGGUACUUUCAUGUCAAUUAACCCCAAACCUGGAGGUAAGUGAUAUUUUUUAUUCUCUCUCACACCAAAGCCUGCUCACAUCAUGGUUGUAGGGUUUCCAGCACACUUGUAGGCCAAAAAGCUAUCUUGUCUUUACCUAACACCGUUUGACAUAUUCCUUUGAUUCCUCAGUCAAAAUGUGGUGAAUACAGUCGCCCCUCAUAGCUCCCUUUUGUUGGGUCCUGGCGACGGGGAGCGAUGAGGGUCAGCUCUAUUCACAGGCUCAAUUGAGUCAACAAACAGCAAAAUCAAAUUCUACGCGUUCAGCUCUGAUUCUUUUUGGAUUGACUGUUGAUGCCUCAUAUUUAUUUUUUUUAUUAUAAUUCUAUCUUAGUUACUGCUGAAGAUAUCGUGUCUCGUCUUAAGGUAAGCUCAUCCUGCUCCACUAUUUUAGCCUGCGUAGCAGGCGCCGGAUUUUUUAGGGCGAAGGAAGAAAUCUCGGGGACGCGCGAGGGAAAAAAGGGAGAAGGGCCUCUCCCCUUCGCGUGUUUCCCUCGCGCGGCCUGUUAAAAAAAACUUGACCCGCUACACUAUUUUAGUUGUUGCCACAAAUGAAGUCGAAAUGUGCUAGAAGGAAAAGCAGAAGUUGAGUUGAUCAUAUGUUUUUUCGUCACAUUAUAACGUCAGCUAUGAAUAAACAGAACAUUUUCUUGCCUUGUGCCCAGGCGUCUCUUUUGUGGUGAAUCCUUUUCAUAGUCCUUUGCGUUAGCCUGUAUCCUUCCCACACUUAUAACACGUAUAAUUAGCUCUAGAUAUGAAGAAGAAUAUUUCUCAUCACAUAACUUGCAUUCUUAUGUUAUAACUGCUGUCCAAUGAAAUUGCCUGUAUUAGUUGAUUAUGUCAAGCAGAAUGUUAAAGUAACAAAAAACUAAGCCAACACCAUUCUAAAAGUGCAGUGAAAACUGUGGUGAGAAUGAAUAAAAGAUUGGGGGAGGCCGGUUUAUACCAAGUCUUUAUUUCAUUGUAGUCCGAAUCAUUAUGACAAGGAAGCUAACGAGAUCCGGUUUACCACGAUAUUUCUUGUCAAACUGUUCCACUAUGCAAACUUUCUCGAUGUCUUUAAAGCAACUAAAAUGAGAUAGAGGUAUAAGCUCUCAAAUGUAUGGAUCUCAGUGCUUUUUUAAUGUUUAAUGGUUUUUUUUGGGUUUGUUUGUUUUCAGUGUAAAUCUCACUUGCGCGUGUUUUUGAAAGAAAAUUUACCAAAGCGUCUUCACUACUCGCACAGCAGGUACGACUCAAAUUCUGCACAGUGAUGGACGGAAGGCGAAAAAUAGGAACAAAACCAAAUUUUCAGGUGCUUGUCACCUUGUUCCCUGAUCCCAGUUUCCUGUUCCCAGUUCCUUGUUCCCUGUUUUAGUGACAUCCGCGCAAUGAUACCUUCCAAACUUUAAUCCGUGCUCAUAUUAGAAAGAAUUCAGUUUUUCAAGCUUAUUUACCGGGGCUAGAAAGUACCACUUAACUAGUAACAAUCUUUGAUCGUUGUUAAACAGGAGAAUAGGAGAAGUCGUCGUCUUCGCUGAGGAUAGCUGGCAGAUUGGAACCAAGUAAGCAGUUAAUAUUCCAUAUAGACCUGAUUCCCCUACACUUCAUUUUCCUAGAAGAGGGUAGGGCACGCGCAAUACUCGCGCGCGCGAAAAUUAACCGCGUGCGAAGAACGUGAGUGGUAUUUUUUAUGCGCACACGUAUUUCAGUCGCUCCACUAUCCCUCAGGAAAAUGAGGACUACAUUCCUCACUCAAAAAUACUUUUGAAGAAGUGAACAAAAUUUGUGUUUUUAUUUCAUUUACACGUGCGAACAUUUCAGCAUAUGUAUUUUUUUCUUUUUUCCAUUAUUUUCCGCUCAAGUUCAACUUCUGGACUGCGGAAUUGUGACGGAGGACAACACGGCUAUGACAGCUUAGAUGAAAACAUGAGGGUAAAAGAACUAUUUCUCUUCUUGUGUACUUAAUGUUAUAACAACCACGUCGUGUGUUCUUGGAGAGAUUCACUUUGUUCUUUUUUUAGACCCUCUUUGCCGCACAUGGUCCUUCGUUCAAGAGUGGAGAAGUGGUGGAACCCUUCCAGAAUACUGAGAUAUAUAAUUUGAUAGCAGGUAAGGUCACAGAGUAUAACAUGGCAAUUCAGAUAUCUUUAUUACAUGAUGUAGCAUAAACAUGGAGCCUUUUCCCCUGAGGGUUGAUAAAGGCGCGCCUUGAUUGGCGGCUGUAUCGUGCGAGAUUUUGCCCAGUUUAAGACAAUUGUCGGAAAAGAAAGAAAAUACUUCACUUGUGUUAUAUAUACGAAAACCUGAUGGGUUUAUUAAACGUUAUUUUACGGCGUCGUCAAUUGAACUACGUAAUUUGGCCAAGGGAAAGCAAGCUACAACGAAGACAUCUUUGCAUUUUUCUCCUCAGUUCUUGGCGGAUUUCUUUAAUCUUCAGAAUUGUUCGAGUAACCACGAUAUGCGAACAAUCUUCGGAAGGUUUUCGGUAAUAAGAGCAGUCGUCGGAAUUUUCACGAAUUGUUCAGACUUUCAAUUAGCAUUGCAUCGCCUCUUUCUAGAGAUAUCCUGUGAAUAUCCCCAGGUUACUCGUGGGAAGUUCAUUGUAAUUCACUGGUAUGGCACCGACAAUAAUAAUAUAAGUAGCAUUUCUUACAUGAUGAUGGAUAAGGUUGUACCCCGUUUUUUACAGCAGAUAAGAAGCAUUCUUCGAGAGCCUUUGUAAUGAUAAAUCUUAUUGGUUCCAGGUCUCCUCAGACUCAAACCUGCCCCAAACGAUGGAACGCCUGGUAGUUUAUCUCACCUUCUGGACCCGUAUGAGAAAGCUGUAGAUUAUGAGUCAAAAAGUGACGGCAAUUUAUUUAAAAACGAUACUUGUCGUUAUCCCUCGCAACCGCGGGAAUGUAGUAAAUGUGUUUGCCCUUAUUGUCAGGUUAGCAGGGUCUUUUUUGUUUUCUUUAUCCAGCUUUUCUGAACAAAAACCUUCUCAAUGGUAAUGGGCGCCAACUUGACUCAUGAGGGUUGUCCCAUACUCCGACAAAUUUAUACGUGGCAUUGUAUUGUAUUGUCUUUACAUUACAAUACUGCACAGAAGGAGAACCAUGAAGAACGAAGCAAAACAAUGAGAAAUUUAACAAAGCUAUACAUAAAUUUGUCAGAGUAUUAUACACGUAUGUGACUCAUGGGUCCGUUGAGGGGGACCCACCCUACCUAAAACCACAACCCCAUAUUAUGGCCAGUGAAGCAAACCGCGAGAGAACGCACGCGCGAGCGAGCAGUGAAGCCGUCCCACGCACUCACGUCCCCUUUCACAUGCGGCUCUCGCGCGACUUCUCGCGACGCCGCUGAAUGGAGAGCUUGCUCGCAGGCAAAAGACAGACAGUAAGGGUUGUAAGUCCUUUGAGGGUCAGACAAACCAAUUCAUUUCUGCAAGACGAGGCCUACAACUUUCGUUCUUUUCCGAGAUGGCCAGAACAUUUGCAAGGAUCAGGGCAAGGCCGGCAGCUUCGACCCAAUUAAUCUGUCCAGUUGGUAUUUAUUUCUUCAGGAGCCACGUUAUCGAUCUAAUCUGAUCCUCUAAACCAUUUUUUUGUAGCAUGACUUAGGUUCUUUUUUCGAUUACACACAGGUGAACGAUACUGAUGUUGCUCGAUAUGACAAGUUGCUUGACUUAAAUCAAAGUCAAAGUAAGAAAUCGUUUCUCUUUUAUUCAUUCCCUUUUCGAAAAUUCAGUUCCCGUAAUUUUUCUUAACGCGGAUGAUUUGUCUUCGUCCUUAGUAUCCCAGCUGUUGGAGAUGCAUCUCCCGUGGGGGGUACCCCAAGGUGGAGCAGGUAAAGGGGGGUGCAUACUUACUCAGCAGGAUUUCGUGACGGGCUAUAGCACCUCUCUUCGUUUACCAUUAUGGGUAGCAUACAAGCUUCACGGAGAGGUACGUACGGAAUCUUUCUUAGUAGUGGCGGAUCCAGGGGAGAAGCCCGGGGGGCCCACCCCCCCCCCCUAAUUUUUAGACCAAGCAAAAAUUUUUUUUUGGAGACCGCCCCCUCCCCUUAUCUAAGGGUCUGGAUGACCGGCACCCGCCCCCACCCCACCCCCCUUUGUCUCAAUGUCUGAAUCCGGCACUACUUAGUCCUACUGAAAAACGUACAACAUGAACCGGUACAUUGCACAUACUUCCCAAACAGUAUUAGUCAAUAAUUUUCAAAUGCAUUAGGGCGAAUGCCACCUUUGCAAAUAAAAAAGUCUAGAAUACUAACAAACUGAAGAAAAUUAAAAAAUAUAUAUGAUAUCAUUUUAACAGUCAAAAACAAUAUGGCUUCCACUCGCAAACUCCCCGCCUCACAAACUCCAGGGAGGAUGGGUACAAGCUUUGGGCGAAGUGAUUUCUGGGAUUGUUUGAGGGGGCAAGCGUUAGUUAUGAUUGGUUGACGGUAUUCAAGCCAACCAUUAACCAAUCACAAGUGCGCUUGUCCACCCUGAAAUGAUCCGAGAAAUCGUUGCGCUGAUAGCUUGUACCCAUUUCCCCUUACAGUGUCAUGAACGAGAAACAGAAAGGCUUUUCUAGGCCCGGGAAAACGGGGAAGUACUAAGAAAUACUAAUUAUGGAUUUUGUCGAAGAAGAUCACCCUGUCGCAAUUAAAGCUUAGUAUUUGUUAAUAGACUAUAGAUUUAAUCUUUUAACGAUUUUCAUGCACACCUUUCUGUUUACAUAGAGAGCAUCUCAGAGUGCCCCUAGACGAAAUUGCUUCCGGCGAGACAUUCGAUUAACGGAUGGCCAUGCCUCUCUCUGUACUCAUUACUACAGGUCAGGUUUUGACCGUGGUCACAUGGCACCCAAUGGCGAUUUUGAUACUUUUGAUGAGAAUGAUGAGACGGUGAUGAACUCGUUUUUACUGUCAAACAUUGCUCCGCAGCACCAUUGGUUCAAUGCUGGUAAGAGCUUUCGAAAGUCAUUGAUUAAUGUUGGAAUAGAAACAAAGUUUUAAGUAAAAACCUGUUAUUCAAACUCAAAAGUAAGAACCAUCCUCACAAACAGCACAACACAAAAGCAUUGCUAAGUAGCUUUCAUUUGAAUGGUUUUGCUUAGAAUUUUGAUUCAUGGACUCAAAUGUUAGAACCACUUUAUUCAACAUAAUAAACAGGACCACAGGAAAGUUCUGUACAAUAGCUUUCAUUUGUAUCGUUAGCAUGAUGAGUUAAGUAAAACUCAGUAGCUUAUAAAAGAAUAAGACGAUUCAUCCAGUCUACUACCUCUAGAUCUUCUUUACUUCAAGUCAGUUGCGGUCUUAAUGUAUGACGUCUCAAAUAACACAUCGCCACCUCAAAUAAGUAAUUUAUUUAAUUACCAACAUAAUAUUCAUUCACAUAACACAAGAUCAUCAACAAGAGGCAACUUCUUUCUCGAAUACUCUAGAUUAGACAAGCUAAACAUGUCUUUUUCAAGAAACGGUGUUAGAGUCUGGAAUAACCUAUCUAAUGAAAUUCGUCAAAUGCCUAAAGUGAAAUUUAAACGCAACAUUCACAAUAUGCUCCUUCAGAAACUCUCGGAGGCGAAUGAGUAUAUUGAUCUAUUGGAUUUGAAUAUGUCUUGAAAACUAAACUCAGUUCAUUCUAUUAGCUUUCUAUCUGCAUUAUCCUUCCAGCUUCCCAUGUAAUCUGCCUUAUUUCUCCUGAGAAUCUUCGCUUUUUUCCCAAAUGUUAUUAAUACUAGUCAGUAUUCAGUAUUCACCUUAUUUUAAUGUAUUGUACGAUAAUAAUUAAUUUUACUUAGUAUUGUAAUUGUAUUGUAUUGUAAUUGUAAUUAUUCACUUUGUAUUUAGUAUUCAGCUUAUUUUAAUGUAUUGUGCGAUAAUAAUUAAUUCUAUUUGGUAUUGUAAUUGUAUUGUAAUUGUAAUUAUUCACUUUGUAUUUAGUAUUCAGCUUAUUUUAAUGUAUUGUACGAUAAUAAUUAAUUCUACUUAGUAUUUUAAUUGUAUUGUUAUUGUAAUUAUUCUACUUAGUGUCAAGCCACUGCUCGCCUCGAAUAGCUAUAGCGAACUGCGAGCAGUGGUACAUCAUAUUUUGUAUUUUCUCAAUUUUUCUUAAUAAACUUGAACUUGAAUAAACUUGAACUUGAACUUGAGUAAAACUACAGUGCUUUCACGAUCGUCCUAAGCCGUAGUACUCACAAGGAAAAACUUUGUAAACCUUAUUACUUUAUUCAAAUAAUAAUACAUGACACAAUGCAAUCAUUUAUUCAGAUCUUUUGCCUCUAGGUAUCUGGUUGGUUCUUGAGAAAAUGGUACGAGAUCUUUCAGUUAAAUAUGAAUACGUCUACGUCACAUCCGGUUCAAUAUUUGACGAAGAUGUAGAUGGGCAACGAGAUGAUGACGACGAAAUCACGAGGUUAGUACCCAGGUUGUCUCUGCAAGAAAGCUUGAAACUCUGAAUAAGGCUUACUUAACGUGGACAAUCUGUCUUCGUUGAUAAGUGCGAAACAUAAAUUUUUGUUAACUGUAUUAGAUAAAGACGGUUUUUCAUUGGGGUCUCUUUAGUGGGGUUCUCUUCGGGUAAGCGAAGUUAAUAGGAAGACAUAAAAGUGCUGUGUUCCUAUAUUUUUUUAAUUAACUAACCUUUCUUUGCAAGAACUGUUUCUACAUGGAUUAAAGGUAUGUCAAAAUUGUAAUGACAUCAGAUGAAAACUAGCAAUUUUCUCUUUUUUCAGGUGGCUUAAAAAUGACACAAGUUCUGUUGCAAUUCCCACUCAUUUCUACAAAAUCAUUUUACGAUGUGACAGUAGCAAGGAAUCGUAUUAUAAAGUGCCAGGAUGCGAGGGUCGUCUUGACGUUAUUUCCUUCAUAUUACCUCACCUGAAAAGUCGUCCGUGCAGUAAGGUUUGUGUCUGUGAAACUAAGAUUAACAACUAGGUUUCAGCAAUUACGUUCAAAGGGGUUCAUUCAAGUUCUGUGAAGGUAGUCUUUGGGAAAAAAAAAAAAACACCACAGUCGCAAAACAUAAUAUCAGUGUUCCUCCAGUUUUUGCAAAUUAACUGUGGAGUACUUGUUGAAAAGGAACUCGCGAAAUGAGCUAAACAUAAAAAUCCUGAAGAAUCAGAAGCCUUCCAGCAAGAAGCUUGCCUUCAAUUUUUGGGUUCGUUGAGCAAGGGGACUCCAUGAAAGUUGCUUUACUAAGGUUUCGUCGCUGUUUUCACUCCCCAAGUUGACUGACUAGACUUACAAUGGCUAUAAGGCAAAAGUUCAAAGAUAGGGAACAAUCAAACGGUUUUAAUAAACCAAGGAAACUAUGAGAUAUUACGACAAUAUUUAUAAUGGAAGUUUAUAUAUGUGUCUGCGCCGUUAAGGUUCUAACUUCAAUCUAAAAAAUGCGUAUGUAUAUUUGCUGUGGGAAAACCGUUAGCAUACUUUACUGAUAGACUGAUAGACUCCUAUUCGUGAAUUGGAGUAUAACAUUUCAUCUCGGAAGUAUUUUUAGGCAGUAAGAUGAAGAAACUCUCAUUUCAAUUAGUUUUCAUUUUCUCUGUCUUAGGUUCAGUCUUCUUUGGAAUACCUCUUGGAACAUACAGCAAGAGUUCGUGAUAUCGAAUUGUUGACGGGAAUCAACUUUUUCAGCGAACUGCCUAGUAGCGAGCAGGCGCGGCUUAAAACAAUAUCUCCAGUCAAACUGUGGGACACUGUCACAAGUUAGACCAAAAAACUGUUUAAAUAGAAAUGAUGUUUAUAUUAAGGGAUUUUAAAAGUAUAGUUUAAGUAAAGUAUAGAUAUUCUCCUCUCUUAAACAUCUGGGUCAAGCCGCAUUGAACUGAGGUCGAUUCGCCACUCUCACGUGGCUCAUAAUAAACCCCUUUUACCGCCCCCUACCCCCCCCCAAAAAAAAACAAUGUAUAAGAAUUCUUUUUAAUUUGUCCUUGGUACGGUCGUUCAAGAAAGCGAAAACAAUGCUUAUGCGAAAUUUGGGGGAGGUGUAAGCAAGGUGUGUUAUGAGCAUUGUAAAACUGGCGAAUAAAAUGUCGAGAGCCAUUUGAAAUGCAGAAUUUUAUUGUCCCAAAAAGUCUUGUGAUAAAGUAUUACCUUUCACAGUCUCGUUUUCUUUUCUCGAUCAUUUAACAUUGACUCUUUAGUCUCCUACUAUGUACUUGUUAGGAGUUAUUUCGUCUAAAAAUAACUUCUGGCUUAACCGGUUUUCUCUGCCUUGACGGUCAAAAUUCCAAGGUUUUCUAGUUAAUUCCGCCAGUAAUUUUUAAAAACUAUAUCAGGGUCCGGAUAAGCUUCUUAAAGUCCUUGUUUUUUUCAUAUUUACUCUUAGGAGUGACGUAAACCAUGCAUUUAUCAAUUAAGAGGCUUUUUAUUUUGACAGCAAAAAGGUAAAAGGUCAUCACGUUUUGUAUGUUUUUCCUGUUUUGUUGUACAUUUAACUCUCCAAGGUAAUAUACGACCAUAUUUUCAAAUUAAAAAACGGAAAUUCUUCCCAUUUCAAUAAAGAAAUAUUAGUUUUCAUACAGAGUAGAAAUAUAUAUAGUUUACUGCAUUAUUGUAGAUUGUAAUUCAGUUCAAUCAAGCGAUUGAUAUGUAAAAAUUUUAGGCAUAAACAAAGCUUCUAUGUUUCAAUAUUAAAACGGAAAAGGACUUAUUUUUGUCUUUUUCGCCCCGAUUAACUUAUUCAACGCUUCAAGUGCUAAAACCUCGGUAACUGCAAUUUGGUACGCAAAUUCUGAUUGUAAGGCUGAUAUUACUCGUACUUACCCAACAACCGGUCUGAAUACCACCUGCU